AUGGAAGCCACUAAUUUUAUUGUCAAUGUUACAAUAUUAUUUCUGUUCUUUCAAACAUAUGGUGCAAGCAGCAGCAACACCAUGAUUAAAGCUUCCUCAAACGUUACAUGUAUCCAAAGAGAGCGGCAAACACUGCUUUUAUUCAGACAAGGCUUCACGAACCAAUUAAAAUGGACCGGAUUAGAAUGUUGUGAGUGGCUGGGAGUUGGGUGUGACAAUAGAACUGGCCAUGUCGUCUCACUUGAUCUCUCUGGCUAUUACAUCAACUCGACCAUUCCUGUGUGGUUAUCAAACCUAACUCGCCUCAAGUAUCUAGACCUUAGCUAUAACAGCUUCCAUGGGGGAAUACCAAAUUCUAUUGGAAACUUGAGCUCUCUUUCUACCAUCGACCUUUCAAUGAAUCAAUUGUCUGGUCGGAUACCUCCCUCACUUGGUGGCCUAUCAUCUCUAACAUACCUCUAUCUUCGGCAUAAUCAAUUGAAUGGGAGCAUACCUGAAAGCAUUGGACUACUCACCAGCCUACAAGAACUCUAUCUUGAAGAUAAUCAAUUGAGCGGGAACAUCCCCACUAGUCUUGGUCAGCUUUCAAACCUGGAAGUCCUUUUUCUUGCUCGUAACCAAUUGAGUGGGGUUGUUUCUGAAAUUCACUUCACCAAACUCUACAAUCUAACCCAAUUGUUCUUGUCUGGUAAUACAUUGAUAACGUGGAACGUCAGCCGUCAUUGGAUUCCUCCCUUCCAAUUGAGGAUUUUUGAGGCAAGCUCCUGCUGCAACAUGGGACCCCAAUUCCCAAACUGGCUUCAAACACAAACACAUCUUGAAGAAUUAUAUCUUUCAAAUUCGAGUAUUAGGGAUACAAUACCAAUAUUCAACAACAUCUCCUCUCAUCUUCAGUUACCUAAUAUAAUUAAAAGAGUUGUGUGGCUGUCAAAAUGGACCGGAUUAGAAUGUUGUGAGUGGCUGGGAGUUGCGUGUGACAAUAGAACUGGUCAUGUCGUCUCACUUGAUCUCUCUGGCUAUUACAUCAACUUGACCAUUCCUAUGUGGUUAUCAAACCUAACUCGCCUCAAGUAUCUAAACCUUAGCGAUAACAGCUUCCAUGGGGGAAUACCAAAUUCUAUUGGAAACUUGAGCUCUCUUUCUUCCAUCUACCUUUCAUGGAAUCAAUUGUCUGGUCGAAUACCAGAUUCAAUUGGAACCUUGAGCUCUCUAUAUUCCAUCGACUUUUCAUCAAACCAAUUGUCUGGUCGAAUACCAAAUUCUAUUGGAACCUUGAGCUCUCUUUCUUACAUGGACCUUUCAUCAAACCAAUUGUCUGGUCAAAUACCAGAUUCUAUUGGAACCUUGAGCUCUCUUUCUUACAUGGACCUUUCAUCAAACCAAUUGUCUGGUCGAAUACCAGAUUCAAUUGGAACCUUGAGCUCUCUUUCUUCCAUCCACCUUUCAUACAAUCACUUGUCUGGUCCAAUACCAGAUUCUAUUGGAACCUUGAGCUCUCUUUCUUCCAUCCACCUAUCAUCUCUGAACAUAUUGAAAAGAAAUAUACAAGACAUAUGUUUUGAGUCUAUCUGUCCAUCAGACGGGACUGAAAUUAACUUGUGGCUUCCAAAAUCCAACUCAGGUCUUGAAGUUAUUGCUCUUAGCAAAAACCUUCUCACUGGAAGCAUCCCAAGAAACUUAUGCGAGUUAUAUAGUAUAAAAGUGUUGGAUUUGUCGCAUAAUAGUUUUUUUGGAAAUCUUCCCGAGUGCUUAGGGAGCUUAAUUCAAUUACAAGUGAUGGACCUUACAAGUAACAGUAUAAUAGGUGAUAUUCCGAAUUCAUUGGGUUCUCUAUCAAAACUUGAGUUAUUGCACCUGCAUGACAACAAAUUUGAGGGUGGUCUCCCAGUGUCUUUAAAAAAGUUGAAAAACUUGGUGACAAUGGAUUUGGGGAACAAUUAUUUGACAGGUAAUAUCCCUUUUUGGAUUGGAAAAAAGCUAUCAAAGCUUAAAAUCUUGAAUCUCCAAUCAAAUAUGUUCAUGGGUAUGUUUCCACCGGAACUAUGUCAAAUCAAAACACUUCAACAUGUAAACCUGGCAGAUAAUAAGAUAACUGGAAAUAUCCCUCGUUGCCUUUGUAAUUUAACUGGUAUGAUCAAGCGUGACGCCAAGUUAGAAUACAACAGUUAUAGCUAUAUGUAUCAAGAAAGUAUUGAAGCUUGCAUAAAGGGCAUUCAACAAAAGUACACCAGCACACUUCCGUAUCUUAUAUCCUUAGACCUUUCAAGCAACAAAAUUGUUGGUGAAAUUCCUGAUGUGUUGAUGAACCUUGAAGCAUUGACAAAUUUGAAUCUUUCGAGAAACGAACUAAGUGGACACAUUCCUACAAUUAUCGGAAAUCUAAAGUCAAUGGAAUCUUUAGAUUUGUCGAUGAACAACCUGUCUGGUCGGGUUCCUCCAAGUUUAGCUAGUGUGAACACUCUAGGCUAUCUGAAUCUAUCAUUCAAUAAAUUAUCUGGUCCAUUACCAAUCGGAAAUCAUUUUCAGACUUUUGAUAAUCCAUCUAUAUAUGAAGGGAACAAUAGACUAUGUGGAUUCCCACUUCUAAAUUGCAAAGGCAAUUUACCAUACACUCAUGUUGGUGAUGAUAAAGUUGUGAAUAGCUCACAAGGUUUCUCGUGGUUUUAUGUUGGUAUCGUUCCAGGAUUUGUUGUGGGUUUCAUGGGACUUAUUGUUAGCUUGCUAUAUAUUAAAGUUUGGAGGGUAACUUACUUUGAAAUGAUAGAAAAUGUUUGUGUUUUUCUAAUUGUUUCAAUUGUAGUGACUUUUGCUCGACUAAGGAGGAAGUGUUUCCAGUGAGGUAUUUUGAUUCACAAACAACACAUUUUUUUUAAUUUAUCUAAAUAUAUGUUUCAUGUUGUGGUUUGACUAUUAAAUGAAUAAAGAUAUAUUUUUAAGCA